AUGUCUUAAUAAGCUGCUUAGUAGUAACCCCAGCAAAAAUAAUCCGAGUAAGGUUAGAAUAAUAACAAUGAUCAAGGUGUAGCCAACUACCCUACUGAAUAAAAGAUAAUAGAAGAAAAGACGGAAAAUAAAGUAACAGGUGAAAAGAUUAUUAAAAAGUAUUCUAGAGGAAAGUUAUUAGGUAGUGGAGGUUUUGCAAAAUGUUAUGAAGUGAUUGCUUUAGACACAGAUCCGAAGGCAAUAUUUGCUGCCAAGAUAAUUCCAAAGUCAACUUUAACUAAAAGCAGAUAAAGAGUGAAAUUGAUUUCAGAAAUUAAAAUUCAUAAGAGCUUGCAUCAUAAGAAUAUUGUUUAGUUUGAGCAUGUUUUUGAGGAUCAUGAUAAUGUUUACAUUCUUCUUGAAUUGUGUCCUUAUUAAACUCUUAAUGAGCUAAUCAAGCGUAGAAAGCGUAUUACAGAAUACGAAACAUAAAUUUACGUAAUGCAAAUAGUGAAUGCCCUGAAAUAUCUCCAUUAAAAUAAAAUUAUCCACCGUGAUCUUAAAUUGGGCAAUCUAUUUUUAGGUGACAACAUGACACUUAAAAUUGGUGAUUUUGGUUUAGCUACUAAAAUAGAAUAUGAAGGAGAGAAAAAGAAAACAGUAUGCGGUACUCCUAACUAUAUAGCACCAGAAAUACUUGAAGGAAAAGAUGGGCAUUCCUAUGAAGUUGAUAUGUGGUCAUUGGGAGUCAUCAUUUAUACUUUGCUUAUUGGAAAGCCUCCAUUUGAAACUAAGGACGUCAGAACUACAUAUAAAAGAAUCAAAAUGAACAAUUAUUGUUUCCCAGAAUAGAUUUAAAUAUCUGACAAUGCUAAGUCUAUCAUCACUAGCAUUUUAAAUUUGAAUCCUUAAAAACGUCUAACAUUAGAUGAAUUAUUAGAGCACCCUUUCAUGCAAGGAACAGCUUUGAAUCCUGAAAAUUUACCUAUUUCUUCUUUAGUGGUGCCAUUUUAGAAGCCUAAAAAGGAAGCAUUAAAAGAAAAGAGUAAUAACUAAAUAGUACAAGAUUAAAAGAUAGGUUCAGGAAGCUUAGCUUCUACUUAAAGCUAAAUGAAUAUGGCAGCAACUUAAUCUGGGUUAUAACUAAACGGAACAAAGGAUUUAAAUGGAAAUAUGAGGUCUUAAAGCAAUAAAAAUUUAGGUAGCAACUAAAUGGAUCAAGCAAAUUUGUUAAAAAUGUAGUCUAUGCAAACUUUAAAGCACGGAUAGUUUAACAGCGAUUUAAAUUCAGAAAAUAUUUUGGUAAAUACUCCUCCAGCUUCAGAAAUAUGGGUUACUCAAUGGGUAGAUUAUUCAAAUAAAUACGGGUUAGGAUAUGCACUGAAUAAUGGAACUAUUGGUGUAUUCUUUAAUGAUUUUACUAAAAUUGUAAUCGAUCCAGAAGGUCAGUAUAUUGAAUAUUACGAAAAAUAGCCUGAAGAGAAAUACCAAAAAAGCAUAACCUUCACACCUGAUAAUUAUCCCUAAGAACUCAAGAAAAAAGUUACCCUUUUAGAGCAUUUUAGAAGCUAUUUACAAGGCGAUCAUGGAUCUAACAAUUAAAAUGCUAAUAAUAACUACGAUGUUAAUCCUCCAAGCACAUUCUUAGAUAAUUAAACUGGUAAAAAAAUGUUGUAUUAUGUCAAGAAGUGGGUAAAAACAAAAAAUGCUAUUUUGUUUCGCUUGCAAAAUAAGAUUGUACAAGUCAGCUUCUCAGAUAAGACUGAAAUUAUUUUAAACAGCAUCAUGAAAAUAGUCACAUUUAACAACAAGUAAGGCAUUAGAUAAAACUAUCCCUUAACUCCUGAUCUAAAAAUGUACUCACCUGAAAUGGAAAAGAGGUUAAAGUACACGAAGCAAAUUCUCACAGAUAUCCUUAAAUAAAGCUAACCUAGUUAAAACAAUAUUAAUAACAACCCUUAAAACAACACAUAAAGGCAACCAAUGCAGCCUUCUUCAUUAUCGAAUUAAAAUAAUUAAAAUAUAAAUACAAAUGGUGAAUUAUUAAACAAUUCUUAAAAGUAAAACUUUGUCCUAAAAUGA